AUGCACGACCUACGCCGUCAAGCGCUGCUCGAGAGCCGCAAGACGGUUUCCCGCAAGGCAGCAUCGCGAGAAGCCUCCCGUCCUACUUCUAGGGUUGUCUCAGCACAGACUUCGCGCCAGAAUUCGCGCCAGUCGUCGCGCGCUGCGAGUCGGUAUGCCUCUGAUGAGGAAGAUGAAGGUAAUUUGAGUGAUGAAACUGGUGGCACUUGGAGUACAAGCUCAUUGGAUGACUUGGCAGAAAACCCCGAAUCUGAUAAUGUUGACUGGCCCGAAGAACUAGCAGACUGCAUCCAGGACAUUCUUGAUCGCAAACGAAGCAGUGUUCAAGGUCGCGAGGAGUCGCUGUCGACAUUCUGUCGACUUGCCAAAUUCCAUUACGUCGAGGAGGAGAUUAGAGGAUCUAUUCAGGACCUCCUCGCUGCGUUUUCGCGUAGUAUCAAAUAUGAGGGUAGCGUGCGCGAGUCGGUGCUGGCGCUCAAGGCGUUGGAGUUUUUGGCCGUAACGGCUUAUGAUGAUACAAUCUACGAUGCGGUUGAUUCUUUGCUGACGAGGACGAUUCGUGAUUCGACUUCGGGGCUUGUCAAAGUUGCUGCUAUCAAUUGUCUCGGAACUUGUGCCUAUUUUGGCGGAACGAGCGAAGAUGCGAAGAUGGAUCAGAUGAAUAUGUUGCUGGAUGUUGUAGCUUCAGAUGGGCAGUCGAUUGAAGCAUCGGCUGAUUAUGGUGUGAUCACUGCAGCGUUGCAGCAAUGGGGCUUCCUCGCUACGGAUGUUGAAGAUCUGGAAGCUGAAAGUGAGGAAGUAGUUGAGAUAUUGAUCGAGCAAUUGUCUAGCACAGACUCGAAUGUGCAGAUUGCCGCUGGCGAGAACAUUGCUUUGCUGUACGAAAAGAGCUAUACGCCUCAAGAAGAUGAAGACGAAAUCGGCGAAGAGGAUUUGGACGAGGACGACGAUGAUGAAGAUUUGUCUGCCAGUGGACCAAAGCUCAUUGAACGAUACACAGCAUACCACGAUAAAUAUCAUCUGGAACAGAUUCUCGCCUCUUUAGCAACCGUAAGCGGCAAACGAAUCAGCAAGAAAGACAAGAAGAGCCUACAUGCAAACUUUGCCUCAAUUCUGACAACAGUCGAAAACCCACGACUCGGACCAGCUUACAACAAAGCAAUCAACCAAAACACAAAUCGGCAAUAUGGAAGUAAACGACAGGUCAAAGUUGGCAGCGAAGGGGUUAUGAAUAUUGACCGAUGGUGGAAGUGGCUUAGAUUGGCUUCGUUGCGACGGAUAUUGCAGGGUGGAUUUAUGGAGCAUUAUUAUCAGGGAAAUAGGGCUGUGCUGGAUGCAUUACCGGUUAUGUUGAGGGACUCACGGAGAGCUGACCGGGGAGGAUACAAGAAGGCAGCCAGGAUAAGAAAUUCGACGAAGAGGAUGGUCCUGGGUGAGGAUGGUAUUUAA